AUGUCUCACCCACUUUCCAUUCUCUCCAUUGAGGAGACCAACUUGGCGCGCGAUGUAAUUAAAGCCGCCCAUCCCGAUGUCGUGAUCGAUUUUCGAGAAAUCUUCCUGCAGGAACCACCCAAAGCUCAGCUCCAGGAGUUCCUGGCCAUUGAACAUGCCGGUCGCUUGAGCCCAACGACCUCACGACCUCCUCGUCUAGCUUUGUGUCAAUACGAUGUGAUCGGAGUGGACCGUAUUCCGCAAUUUCACGAAUCGGUGGUUGAUGUGGUUUUGCAGUCGCGAGUGCAACACACCGUCGUGGGGAAACAACAUCAUGCUAGUCUGACUUUGAGCGAAUUCGAUGUUCUCCUCGAUCAAUGUAUGAAAUCACCUUUGUUCCAGAAAGCACUCGCGGACUUCGAUCUACCUGAAGGUUUCGAGGUUGUCAUUGAGCCAUGGCCCUAUGGUGGCUUAGAUCACACCGAUGAGAAUAGACGUUUUUUCCAAGGCCUCUGUUUUGCUCAAGACAAGCGAUCGGGGAAUGAUGAUUCCAACUUCUAUUCUUUCCCUUUGCCUAUCAUUCCGGUCAUGGACGCUCAUACCCAAGAGAUCAUCCGGGUAGAUCGCCCCGCUACGGGCGGCAAGGGAGAUGGACUCUGUGAACAAACCUUUAAGCGCGAUAUCAUUGGGCACUGCAAGCCUUCCGAAUACAUCCCAGAACUGGUGCCUGGAGGAACGCGCAAGGAUCUCAAGCCACUAAAUGUGGUCCAGCCUGAAGGUCCAUCCUUCCGAGUCACAAAUGAAUCUCUAGUAGAGUGGCAGAAGUGGCGCUUUCGCGUUGCUUUCAAUCCACGAGAGGGUGCGACAAUUCACGAUGUGUCAUAUGAUGGCCGAAGUGUGAUGCAUCGCCUUGCAAUCAGCGAGAUGACUGUGCCCUAUGCGGAUCCUCGACCCCCCUUCCACCGGAAGCAGGCCUUUGAUUUUGGCGAUGGAGGCGGCGGAAACAUGGCCAAUAACCUUUCCCUUGGCUGUGACUGUCUUGGCGUUAUCAAAUACUUUGAUGCUAUUAUCACCCAAGCAGAUGGCACUGCCCAGACACUCCCAAAUGCGAUUUGUCUCCACGAACAAGACAAUGGAAUCGGCUGGAAGCACUCCAACUGGCGCACUGGGCGCGCUGUUGUCACCCGACACCGAGAGCUUGUUGUCCAGUUUAUCAUCACACUGGCCAACUAUGAAUACGUUUUUGCAUAUAAAUUCGACCAGUCGGCUGGAAUUACCGUCGAGGCACGGGCAACCGGUAUCUUGAACGUGGUCAACAUUGACGCCGGUAAGGUUAGUGAGUACGGGAAUGUCGUCAGUGGCGGUGUUCUUGCGCAGAACCACCAACAUAUCUUCAAUGUACGCAUUGACCCAGCGAUCGAUGGGCCCAAUAACUCCGUGGUCGUGGAGGAAUCUCACCCCGUCCCUAUGAAUGCGGUCACCAACCCCAAUGGCAAUUUCUAUCAAGUCACCAAGCAGACCGUCGAGCGUGCAUCUUGGAUUGAUGCCGCUCCGCAGCUUAAUCGGACCAUCAAGAUGAUUAAUCCUCACAAAAAGAAUGCUAUUAGUGGAAACCCCGUGGGAUACAAGUUCAUUCCACUGGCCACUCAGACUCUUCUAGCUGAUCCAGAAUCGGUACAGGCACGCCGAGCUCAGUUUGCCCAACAUCACGUCUGGGUGACAAAGUAUCGUGACGGAGAACUUUAUGCCGGUGGGCGCUACACCUUGCAGAGUCAGACUGAAGAUGAAGGUGUCUCAGAUGCGGUUCGGCGUGGCGACUCUGUAGUCGAUACUGAUGUUGUGGUUUGGAACUCCUUUGGCAUUACUCAUAAUCCUCGUGUCGAAGAUUGGCCAGUGAUGCCAGUGGAGAUCUUCCAGCUCAUGAUCCGACCUGCAGACUUUUUCGAGGCCAACCCCUCGCUCGAUGUGCCCUCGAAUAAGAAUGGAUCGUCACGGUUAGCUGAUUCGGAAUGCUGUCGGAAAUCGCACAUUUAA